AAGUUCAACAAUAAUAUCUCUGCUGUCUUCACAGACGUGGAAGGGACUCAUGAGUCUGAACUGUCCCAGGUACUCCUGUUGACUAGUUUUAAUGGACCUUCCGUGCUUACAGUGGCAGGAGUACGUCGCACAGAAAUGGACCGGACUCGACCCCGAGCUGAGGGAACAUUUCAUGUCCCUGGUUGAGAUAAAUGAUGUUUUUAAAUGGACCCUCGCGCUGACCACGUGAGUAUACACAUUUCUCAAAUUGAGACUCAUAAUUUAUGUUAAAACUUCAGUCCCUGAGGCUAUGAAGUAUACUACAGGAGGUCCCAAUUGAACCAGUUGAGAGCUAUAAACUAUUAACUCCAACUAUCUGCUACAGGGGAGGGUUUGGUUGUUCAUCAGGGCUUCAUUUUGUAAACUGUGAUUGUCUCUCCUGGUUAUAGACAGGAUGAUUUGGACUUUGUGCAGUCAAUCUCUGCAAGACAUCGUCCCCACAAGGACGCAGAGCAAGCAGCCAAAAGGAGGGAGAAAGGCAACUCAAGUUUUAAGUCCAGAAACUACACUGAAGCUGCUCUGCACUACUCACAGGUGAAGUGAAAUACUGAGAAACUCAACAGGCUACAAUCCAUGACAAAAAUUCUGUCCACUCAAAAUCGAAGUGUGUCUUACAUUUGAUUAGAAUGUCAAUAACAAAUGUAUUGGCGUCAUUGUAGAUGUUUUUAAACAUGAGAUGCAAAAAAUAUUGAUUAGAUUGAUUAAUUAGAAAUUGUGUCUUCUUAUUGUUUCUUUGACCUAGAUUGAGAAAGCAGCUUUCUUAUAAUUUUGCACCGUCACAUUAUUUUUAGAUGUGUAUUUUUAUUCAAGCUAAAUAAAUAAAUUCAUCAGUAUAAUGUGUUAUCAUAAUGUCAUGUGUUGUAUAAUGCCAUAAAUACAGUGUGUUUUCACCUUUUUUAUUGUUAUAGAACAAUGUUUAUCCCACACUGAUCAAGCUUCAGAAUGUAAUGUUUCCCACAAAUGAGUCCCAAGUAGGGCUGGGCGAUAAAACGAUAAUAUAUAUAGAAAAUUAGUUUCCCUCAACAUCAAUAUGAAUCAUGGUCAAUAUGCUUUUCGAUAGCCAGCAUUCUGUCAUGUUUCGGUAGAGUAUACAAAUAGCCAAUGAAAGGGGAGUUGCUCCGAGUCAGCUUCACGCUGAACUGACCAAGUGCUGAAUUAGAACCAAGUAGCAAACAACUGCGUAGUAGCAGGCUGCAGCUACAUGAAACCAUAGCACUUUAAUUCGUGAAGCCGACAGCACUGUCAGUGAAAAAAAAGAAAAUGAGAGCUACCCCGGCAGAAAUGCUGAUGAAGGCUCAACAGAUGAUGAUGUCGUCGACAACACUGGCAUGAAAACAUGGGUGGUGUGGAGGUAUUUUGUUUUUUGAGGUUGGACAUGAAGCAGAGUGAUGUGCACAGCGAAUUAUGUCAAGUGCAUGUUCUCACAAAGUCAGGGGAUGUACCUCAAAUCUUUUUCACCACCUGAAGCAGAGCAAGUAAGAAGCAGCCCAUGGCACCUGUGCAGUCGAAACAGCUGACCAUUCAGUCUGCUUUCUCUAGCGCAAUGCCUUACAACAAAACGUCAAAGAGACACAAAGACCUCACAGAUGGAGUGGCUAGAAAAACAUGCUACCAAUAAGCACUGUUAAAUUUAAUUUUUAUAUAUAUAUCGAUAUCGACUGAAACGAAAAAAAAUAUAUCGUGAUAAACUUUUUCCCAUAUCGCCCAGCCCUAACCACAAGUUCGAAGUUUCAUUUUGGACCAUCAUUACUAAGUCCUCACCAUGGCAUGCCUCCCAGUCCUGAUUAAUAUGCAUCAACAUCAAACUUCUCUAUCUCUGUCAUGACAGGGCAUAUGCUCUGCUCCCCAAAGUUCGGAGCAGCUGUCUCUGUGCUAUGCCAACCGCUCUGCUGCACUCUACCAUCUGCAGCACUACCAGGUGAGCUGGCUUCAUCUUCAACAAUUAAAUAAUGAGGUAGUGUUGUUCUUGCGGUGUCGUUAAAACCUGCUCAAACCGGCUCUGCUGCGUAUUUGUUGACUGCAAAUGGGCCUGCAGAUGUUGAGCAGAUUGUGCCAUCAUUGUGUGAUCAAUUUGAACAGCACCUGACUGCUGGAAAAAUUAUCAUGAUUUUUUCAUUUUAUGUUAACAAUACUCUCACAUUCUUAUGCUGUUCAUACCAGACGGUAAACAAAUCACAGAUGAUUUGCUAGUGCACAUAGUGAUACAGUAAUAAUGUUAAAAAUAAACCGCCUCACUGUGCCUGUCUCACAUGUAUCUUGACUGUAUCGUCCUGGUUAUACGUGAUUUUGGACAGACGGAUGUUUGGCUUCACAUACAGACAUUUGUUCAAAGAGCAGCGUCUAACCUGAAGACAUCUUUUUUAAUAACAGAAGCUUUUUCUAGUAAUCCCUGAUAUACAUUAUAAUGGAACAAGGGUCUCAUUUUCUGUGUUGACUUGUAUUUAAGCCUUCUGGACCUCAUGAGUGGCCAUUAUUAUUGAUUUUUAAACUCCAGUAAUGUAAUUUCAGAGUCUUUAGUGAUGAUAUAGUUUGAAGCAAGUUGUAAUUUUCUAACCAAAGCAUCAUAAUAAAACACUAAACAGCCUGCUAAAUUAUAGCAGAGGGUUUAUCUCAGAAAAUGUCAGAGCUUGUUGUUAUUUUUCCCUUCAAAUGGCAGAUGAGGUUACCUCCUGUGCCACACAAAGGGAUGUUAAAAAUAGUGAGACAAUAAUUCUGUGUUUUUUCAUGGCUCAAUCUCAUGUACUGCUUUAUCCCCCCAGGAAUCACUGGAGGACAUCGACAGAGCUCUAAAAAACAACUAUCCCUGUCAUCUGUUACACAAACUGGAUGAGCGGCGCACACAGUGCCUCAAGCACCUCUCCACAGGUCAAAAAGCAAAAAAGGAUUGUCACAGUCCUGCCUCAGAGAAACAUAAAAACCCAGACAGACGGACUGAAGCAUCUGUUGGACCCCUGAUAUCUGGGAUUAGUCCCCAAGCUGCUGUUAGUUUCAGCCUAGAGAAAGGGCGACAUCUGGUGGCUACAGACAGAAUAGCAGCUGGAGAGGAGCUCCUACAUGACAGACCAUACAGCUAUGUCCUUAUACCAGGGAUGGAGGAGGUGAAAGGGAAUAAAGGAAAGCUGGACAUGAAGGGAGGAGUGUUUUUUGGAACAGAGCACAGGCGCUGUCACAGGUGUUUGACUGAGAUCCUCUCUGCUGUGCCGUGUGAAGGUUGUAGUUACAGCCGAUACUGCUCCACUGUCUGUCAGAGAGACGCCUGGGAGGAGCAUCACCGCUGGGAGUGUUCACUGGGAGCAGAUCUGAUGGUGCUCGGUGUGAUGUCACAUCUGGCCUUGAGAGUCACACUUAAGGCGGGGUUAAAAAACAUCCAAAUGGCAAAUGAACCAAUCAAAGACAAGCUUACAAAGCCACAGCCAAGCUCCCUAAAUCCACAUGAUCCUUCGACUUUGCACUAUGGUGACUCUUAUCUGAGCGUGUUUCAUCUACUGCACCAUCUAAACCACCACAGCCCCAGUGUGCAAUUCCUUUGUGCAGUUACUGCGGCGAUACUCUAUCUAAAGCUGGGCAAGGCAGGACCUCUACCUGCAUCCUGGCACCUUGGUGGACGAUCAGAGGCGAACAGACAACCGCAGCAUGAGGAGGGAGAUGGAGAAGAUUGGAGUUCAGAGCUGUGGAUGGUGGGAAGUGCGGUUCUGAGGCACAUCCUCCAGCUGCGGUGUAACGCACAGGCUGUUUGCACGCUGCAAGACACAGGUGAAAUGAUCUUUGUCACAUUCUGAUAUUUAUAAUAAUAAUAAUUUUAUUUAUAUAGCACCUUUAAAAACAGAAGUUUACAAAGUGCUUAGACAACAGUUGUAAGCACAGAGCAUCAGCACAUUGAAAAUAAAAACACAUAAAAACAAAAGCUCAGUUAAAAACAGGCCUCUGAAUUGUAGGCCUGUUUCACUUUUCGUAAGAAACCCAGGCAAUACAAGAACCCUACAAAAUAAAUGGGACCAUGAGGACCAAAAUAAAAGCAAAAAAAGAAAUAGAAAAGGAGGGAAGAAAACAGGCUAGUAAGUAUAAAAGAGGAUAUUAAUAAAAUAAUAAUAUCAUAAUAAAAUAAAAUGAUGGUAAUAUAAAUGAUAAAGUGGAAUUAAAUAUAUAUAUAUAAAAUAAAGGAAAAUGAAAACAUUAAAAUCAAUAAAAAGAUUAUAAGUAAAACAAAGGCUAAAAAGGCAGUAAGUCUAAAUAAGAAAGAGGUGAAAGAGGUAAAAGAAAAAGGAGAAAAAUAAAAACUGUAAAAGGCAAUAAAAGAUGAAAGAUGGCAUCACAUAAAGGCAAGUCUGUAAAAGUGAGUUUUUAAAUUUGACUUAAAAAAGGGACUGUCUCUGCACGCCUUAUCUCCUCUGGCAGGUCGUUCCAAAGUCGAGGAGCUCUGAUGGAGAAAGCUCUAUCACCUUUAGUCUUGAGCCUCGACUUUGGAACGACCAGGAGGCCUUCGCCAGAGGAUCUUUGUCAGGCAUGCCGAUAUUUACAGGUGAUGAAAUGCAAUAACUCUGGUAAAGUGCCACACGACAAGCAUCAACAAUGAAGCAUCAAUCAAUAAGAAAAGAGAUAAAUGACACAAUGAUACACUUUUCCUGAAGUUGAGAAGUAGUUUUUGUCGAUUAGAUUCAGACCAAAAAAGAAAUCCCAAUGAAUGAUGAAAAGUCUACUGCAAAAUGAUGAUUGUGUCUUCAGAUUUUCUUGUGUGAACAGUCAUAUUAAAUUGGGAUUGAUUUUAUCAUGCUAAAGGUCUUUGACUGAGACGCAAUUGGUUCUCCUCACAUGGUCUUCAUAUGUGAAAAUAGCUAAAUAUGGUCUCCUCAAGUCAUCAAAGUCAAAUUUUAAUCAGAUUUACAACCAUUUGUUUAAAAAAAUAGUCCAAAUUUAAGCUAUUGGUUUUUAUCAUAGUAAAAAAAAUCAAUGUGAGUGGUUAAAAGCAGGUAUUUUGGGUUUCUCUAUUUUCCAGAAUAGCUGUGUGUCAUUCUCCUGUGAUUGACUUGCCCUCUUACCCAGAAAUAUCUCAGCUCUUGCUAUGAUGUGAUCCAGUUCAGCUUUUCAGGUUCUGCUUCUCGAGCUGUGAUUGAUCUUGAGAUGCUACACAACCUUUUACCCUCUGCUUAUUGCAUCUCACAGGAACAGCGAACUCUCCGGUGCAGUCGAGCAGAGAAAUCCGCAUUGCUAUGGCAAUAUUCCCAACUCUCAGUCUACUCAAUCACUCCUGCUGUCCUAACACUAGUGUGGUGUUCAGCUCAGAGACAAGUUCUGAUCCCUCUAAAGCUGAUCUGACAGCAGACCUGUCCUCGUCCGACUGGAAAGAAGCUGAAUACAGGGGCGGCUCAUGUGGGGUCACUGCAACUGUAAGAGCAGCUAAAGUAAUCAGUGCCGGACAAGAAAUCUCGCACUGCUACGGUGAGAAAACAAGUCUGAGGAGUGCAGAAAGUUUAAGUGCUGACACAAUUCAUGGAUACAAAGGUGCAUCAGAUAAAACACAUUAAUAUGCCUUCACAGCUCUAAUAGAAACUGGUGAUCCAUCUUUUUCCUUACAUCAGAUAUCUGCUGAUCAUGAGAGAUGAAUGUGACUUUCGGGUAACAGUUGCAGCACUUUAACCUGAAAUAACUCACCCUCUGUCCCCCUAUCCCUCAGGUCCUUGCAGCAGUAGGAUGGUGAUCAAAGAACGCCAACGUGUCCUGCAAGAACAGUACUACUUUCUGUGCCAGUGUGAGGCCUGCACCCUGCAGACAGACAAAGAAGUAGAGGGGUGUACAGAGGGCAGUCAGCAACGAUCAGCUGAUGGAGAAAGUCCACACCAGUCUGGCCUCUUGUGUGGCAAGUGCAAAGGAUCCCUCAAAGUAGGGUUUAUUUUGGAUUUUUAAUUCACCCCGUGAAAAUGAUAUCCUUAUCUCAACCGACUAAGACACUUGAUAUGAUUUUCAGAAAAGCACAGAGGACAGAAGAAAAGGAUUCAUAUGUUCACAGUCAUCGUGUGGUCAGUACAUAUCAUCAUCUGAAAUAAGUCACAGGCUGCAGGAGAUCAGGGUGAACUUGGAGAAAGCUGUAGACCUUAUGGAGAGAGAUAUGCCAGGUAUCUCAUAGUCUUCUGAUAAGUCACUCUUUUACUCUUUCUACAAUAAGUAAUGUGUUAUGUGUCAUGGAUCAUGUUAGAUCUCCAUGUUCCUCAUCCCUCAGAUGAAGCUCUACAUCUGCUGAAGAAGACCCGCUGUCAGUCUGGACUGAUGCUUGCAGAGACACACCCGUUACAAGGGGAGCUGGAAGAUGCUACAGCCAGAGCGUAUGCUACAAUGGGUGAGAGGAGCAGUGCCAUGACAUUUUGUUGAUUAGGCUAAUAUCGUCAAAAGCGCAUGUCUACAAAUCAGUGUGCAAAAAUAACCAGUAGUGUAUAGUAUUUGCCCAAACUUGCUUGUGUGUGGUUUUGUAGCUGUCUUGUGUAUUUGGGGUGAUGGAUUUAGUUCUUGUUAUGUUCUAGAUAACAUAACUGGCUUGCAUACUAUCUUAUGAAAAGUAGAUGAGCAAUUGAACAAAUAAACAUGCUUACUUCUUGACAGAGUGGACUUGAAAUGAUUUAGUCUCAACCUGAGUGCUGAGAAUGUUUGACUCUGUUCUGUAGCUUAAUCCAUAAAAGCAAUAACACGCCCUCAGACAAAUCAUCCUGACCUUAAGCUCCUCUGUCCUCUUAUUACUCUGUUUCUGUUUUGCUGAUCCUGCAGGUGACUGGAACAGAGCAGCCUCCCAUCUGGAGCGAAGUGCUGCAACUAUUAGCACCCAGUACGGAGUGGAUAGCAUUGAACUGGGUCAACAACUCUUUAAAUUGACUCAGCUGCACUUUAACGGGUGAGUUAAAGUUUCUCUAACAGACAGAAAAGUUUUUUCAGGGCAUGCUGUUUUUUGCUUUUCCAAGUUCAAGUCCGUUACUCUUUUGUCUGACAUUAUCAGAAGGAGAAAUAACGGCUCUGUGUGUUUCUUCUCUCGUCCUCUCAGUGGAGCCCGAGGGCCGGCGCUCUCAGUCAUCCCCAAGGUCAGACGGCUGCUCUGCCUUCACCGCGGCCCUAACUGUCAUGAAUUAAAGGAGCUGCAAGCCAUGGAGGACUGUUUACGGGGGUAGUCUAAUCUCAACAAUGUAACUCAGAUUUUUUUUUAAUACACAGUGAACUGAUUAAAAUCUGUGAGACGCUCUG